GGGUAUGUGCAAGGGCAGUGGGCGCUGCCAGUGGAAGGUGCGCAGGCGCUGGUCACUAAAAAGAGAUGGCGUCCGAAGGGUACUCGUGUGUUGCUGCCUCAUUUUAUCUGGAUUUACUCAGAACAAGACGGUGACACGGCCCAUGGCUACCUGUGUGUGCUGGUGCAGGCUUGGUGCCUGUCGGGAGGUGCCUGGUAGGGCCGGGAGCUGCACAUGAGGACCAGCGAGGCUCACAAUAUUGUGACAGGUGGCGCUGGGGAGUUACCACGGCGAGCGGCUGGCUGGCUGCAGUGUUUUGGUUAGCACUGGUCAAUCUUGCCCUACACGCUCUAUUAACCAGUGUUUCCGUCUUCCCGACACGUUCUUCCUGCACCAAGCACCGUCAAGCAUCACCAGAGAGGCACGAGUACGUAAGCUAUCCAACAUCAGAACAGUAUAUGAAUAUGGCAAAUGCUGUUUUGACAUCAUUUCCUGCCAUCCUGAGAAACAGUGAUCUCGAGGAGCACGAAUUGCAGCUGCAAUGGAAAUUGCGCAUCCAGCGCAAGUUUCAGAAUUCAAGAAAGAGGCAGGAUUCCUCAGUGACUGAGGUGAUGUCAAGGAAAAAGAAGAUCCCUUGCAUAGCGCCAAAAGAGACUACGUGUCCACUGAUGUAUGGAGUAAAGGCUUACCUUCCACCAAGGCCCCAUUCAGAAGAUGAUGAGUCAUUAGAGAGACAUAGACAGUGGCUUGCUCUACAUUGGAUGAAAAAAGAUCCCGAGUUAGAUAAGAUAAUCAAGGAGUUCCUGAGAUUAGAACCACAAGCAGUUUUGAAAGGGCUGGAGAAAUAUAGGCUCGCAAUAAUUGCCAUUCUCAAAAAAAGAAAAGCAGUUCCUCUGUAUAUGGAAACCUUACUUGAACUCUAUGACCACAAUGAAAGUCAAUAUGCUUGCUUAGUUAUAUUGGGGUUACUUCACCUGCUUGGAGAAAGGAAAGACUCCAUUUUUACUAAGGGCACUGGUAUAGCAGUGGGCUAUACUGGUGCCAGUUUGCUGUCUUCCUACGUGGCCUAUCUCUCACCAUGGGUUCCUGCGUGGCUGUGGUUAGCUGUGGGGUCUGUGAUGGUUCUGGGAGUCAUGAUCACAGCUAUCAGUACUGUUGGUGCUAUUUCUACCUUAGCACCAAAUCCUAAGGCCUUCAAAAUGUGUCUUUCAUUACUGCUGAUGGUAAUAGUAACUGAAAUGGGCACUACAAUGUUAGUGUAUCAGAAGAAGGCAUUGUUCCUGAACUCCCUCACCCUUCACAUGAAACAAGAAAUGGAAGUGAGUGAAGCAGCCUAUGGCGUAAAUAUUUCUGACACUCAGAUGUGGGAUGAAAUUCAGCUUGAGAUGAAUUGUUGUGGAACAGAAGACUACAAGGACUGGUUUGACACAACCUUUGGGAAUGGGACAGAUGUUCCUGACUCCUGCUGUUUGCUCAUUUCUGAAGGGUGUGGGAAAGGCAUAAAGAAUGAUGUCACCCCUGAAGAUGAUAUUGAGACACAGGGUUGCCUUCCCACAAUAAUAGACGACCUUAAGCGUGAUGGCGAAACACUAAGUCGAGGAGUGUGGCUGCCAGUGUGUGCCAUGCAUGUUGCUCUGCUGGUUCUUCUGUUGGCUACAUCAGUAUUCCUUCACGAGGGUUACACUGACAGCAAUUUCCGGGUGUACUCUAGCUCUGAUGUUUUGCCGAGUCCCACUCGCAAGUACAAAACUCUCGUUAAUGACUGUUGAAAUUAUUUUGUUAAAAUUAUUUUAUAAAAAAUGUGUUCUGCUCAUAUAAUUAUAUAAUGUUAUGCAGGAAAAGCAAAUAUGUUGGAAGCAUUGAAAUAUUUGUUUGAUUAAAUUUUCUUUUCAAUAUUGGAUUAGAACUUUGUAGUAUUAUUUAGAAUUGUGCAGUUUACCAAGAUCAUAUUAUUUAAAAUUGUGCAGUUUACCAAGAUCAUAUUAUUUAAAAUUGUGCAGUUUACCAAGACCAUAGUAUUUAAAAUUGUGCAGUUUACCAAGACCAUAGUAUUUAAAAUUGUGCAGUUUACCAAAACUGUAGCCUUAAGUGACAGGUAAAGCUGAACAAUGAAAGCAUUACUUGGCUGGUGUGUGUGUGUGUGUGUGUGUGUGUGUGUGUGUGUAAUCUGAAAGUAACUGACUGAAGGUAUUUUUCCUUAAUGUAUUGCUUUUUUCCUAUAUGUGCUCCAAGGAAAGCAGGCCUUGUUGAAUUGAUAUACUCUUAGAAAAAAAAAGUACUCAUGUUUUCCAAGUCAGUAAAUCAUAUGAGAAAGAAAAUAUUAUCAUGCACGAUCAACAACAGCUGAUCUCGUAAAGAUAGUGGCCUGUUAUAGAUAUUUUGAGCAUAAAGCAAAACUGAUUAAUGUGUUUUGGCACGAAGAAUACUCUAAAUUGUAGACUUAAUUUCACACAAGUAACUGAUUUUUACACAAUUCUGCUUAUGAAGGAUAACAAAACAAUGUUUAAUGGACAAUACUGAAAGAUGAAUCUCUGGGGUGGUAUUUGCUCACAGAUUGUGUGAUGUGGUCAGGGUAGAGUGGUGAGUCUUGCCUGUGAUGAAAUUAAGAAGAAUCUCCGUGGCGGCACUCAGGGAAGGAAGGGGCAGGGUUGUGAAUACCUUCCCUAGGAAUGACACUAUUAGGAGGCAGAAUGCAGGUGUAUGGUUGGAGGCAGAAUGCAUUGUGUGGCUGAAGUGGAGUGUGUGUGAUUGUAAGACUGGAAAAUUAGCCUUCAUGUGUUUCUUAUUAGGUAACAGAUUGGGCAAAGAGGUGGUAUGGAUGUAAUUAGAUAGCAGAUGGUGAAUUGUAUGAGUAGGUGCAAGGGUGUAGAGAAUGGGGAUUGUGUGUUAGAGGUUGAGAGAGGGGGUAUACAGUGUUAAUGAAUGAGUUAGGUACAGGCAGGGUAUACUGACAAUAUUUCUACUUAACAUCACCAGCAAAGUGAAGUGAAGCAUAAGUGAUUACUGUGAUGUUAGUUUUUAUUGUCUUUCAGAAAUUAAGUUGUAUCUUUCAUAAAACAGCUUAUAAGGCAUUAGAAGUGAUACUCCUUGGCUAGUGGGGGGUAAAAAUUUGUAGUCAAGUAUUCUGUACUCUGCAAUCUUGUUUCUCAGUUGCUUUUUUCUUCAAUAACACAAGGAAUAUGGGAACACAUUCCAAAAUUCGGCAUCCAAGAUAAUAUAGCAAUGGAAGUGUGUGUGUGUGUGUGUGUGUGUGUGUGUGUGUGUGUGUGUAUCAAUCAACAUUGAAUUUAUCUCGCUCUUGCUAUAUCAUAGUAUUAGACAAUUAUUUUCAUGGGUAAAAGAAAGCUUGGUUUUUGGUUUUUGGUUUUCACUAUACAGAAGCAUUUCAUUAUUGGGUGUGUGUAUAUAUAUAUAUAUAUAUAUAUAUAUAUAUAUAUAUAUAUAUAUAUAUAUAUAUAUAUAUAUAUAUAUAUAUAUAUAUAUAUAUAUAUAUAUUAUGUAUAUAGCAUUGUAUAUUGGGAAUAUUAUAUGUAAGAAGUAAUAAAACAUAUCCAUGGAGUAUAGGAAUUAUAUUGUCUACUUGCAACACCUGCUUAUAAUUUAUGUAUAUGCAUAAUCAUCUUUGAUACAUAAAUUGAUAUCUUGGUCAGCAUACAGUAUUUCCAAAAUGUUUUUGUAUUAAUAUUUUUGUGUAGAAACCUGAAACUAAAUACAAUUUACUUUUAGAUUUGCUUCUCUCUCUCUCUCUCUCUCUCUCUCUCUCUCUCUCUCUCUCUCUCUCUCUCUCUCUCUCUCUCUCUCUCUCUCUCUCUCUCUCUCUCUCUCUCUCUCUCUCUCUCUCUCUCUCUCUCUCUCUCUCUCUCAUCCUUUAAAAGUACAAGCAGGUCUAGCUGUGCACAAGAAGUGCCCACUGAUGCUAAACAAUAAAUUUCUGAUCUUUAUCUGUUGUGUCUAAGGUGAGGGCUGAUCAUUCAGAAUGAGGCAUUGAGGAAGUAAGCAUCCUCUACCUCCCUAACCUUUUGUCUCUUGUUCUGACUACUCUAGGGAAUGGUGACUGCUGUUAUUGUUACAGUUGAACACCAACCAUUCUUAGCACCAUUUCCCUUUGGUCAGUAAUACUUGUUGAUCUUUUGCAAUAUAUAAUGUAUAUACAACAAAACAUAAUAGUAUUGUAAACUGAACUAGUUUGCUUUAUUGGUGUAGUCAUGUACAUGAUAAAAGAAGACAUUCUGCUAUCUUUUUCAAAGAUAUAAAAACAUGCGUUAUGUAUUCUGUGUAACACCCCCAUUUGCCUUAUUAUUAUUAUUAUUAUUAUUAUUAUUAUUAUUAUUAUUAUUAUUAUUAUUAUUAUUAUUAUUAUUAUUAUUAUUAUUUUAUUUAUUUUAUUUUUUUUUUGGGGGGAGGGAGGCAGAGCUUUCUUACUUUAUAUGUGAGAGGGAUACUUCUUUCCUGUUAUUAGGUAACUCACCUGCUUUAUUCACGGAAUAAAUUAUGAAAAAAAAAGUGAAAGGCACUGCACACACUGCACACUGCACACACAGGAAGAUACUGUCCCACCAAGAAACAGGAAGAGCAUAAAACCAUACUCAUGGAAGUUACACAGCCUGCAAGUGUAUCACAUCAUCUUGGUCUAGUGUUUGCACCAGUUUUCUUGGCUAAGCACAAGACUCCUUGGGUUCAUCAAGUUGCCUACCCUCCAGACAUGGUGGCUUGUGAUUUCUAGCUGUUGCUCAAGUUGGAAGUUGUUGCUGAAAGGGUCCUGAUGUAAUGGUGCAUCCACAUGGUCAAACAUUGUCCACUGAACACUCACCAUUACCAGUUAACAAUGAGGAGCAGGAAGGAGCACUGAUGAUGUCAGUAGCAAGCACCAAGGGAUGUAAUAGACACUGCCGGUCUUUGUAGUUCCAGAUAGGCUCCACCGUCUCUACAUUCUUUCCAUACCCACCCUGACACACCAUCUGGUUUCUCAUCUUUAAAUCCACAAUUUUCCAUAUAAAUUCUUUCAUCUGAUCCUGUCUCUCUCUUUGUUAACUUCUCUCAUCUCUUUCAAUUUAUUCCUCUCAUCCUCAUUUAAAUCUCUUCUUAACCAUAUAUUUUUCAUGUCUUCUGUCUUCAAUAGUUUCCACACUCACACCAUUACAACUUACACUACCAUUUGUAUACUGAAUCUAAUUUUUAGAGGCCACAUUCCAUUUUCAGCAUACUUGCCAAGCCUCUGAACUUCAUUAUUUCCUUUCCUCCCUCACUUACUACUGUUGUAAUAUCUCCUAAGUUCUCUUUCUCUUAGUCUUCAUGGGUAAUUUCUUUUCUUUAUUGCUAAAUAUCACAGCACACAUCUUAUGUAUUGUAUCCCUUACUAUUGUGUGUGUGUGUGUGUGUGUGUCCAUCUAUCCUAAUCUAACCAUAACCUAACGUCUCACCAACACACAGAGGAAGUUUUAAUCACUGUUUUUCAAGGCACCAGGUGUUGAAGGCUGUCCUCACUAGCAUAGGAUUUCAAUAAUAAAGUAUUUUGUUUGACUUUA